AUGGAGGGAGGAGUCAGCGUUGGUGGCAUGUGCAUCCGGCUUUUAGCAUAUGCUGAUGAUAUAGUCCUGCUCGCACCGGAUAGGUUGAUGCUGAGGAAGAUGAUAGCGAACCUGGAAAUGUAUUGUGAACGGUGGAACCUUCAGGUGAACCUUGACAAAUCUAAAAUAAUGAUUUUCCGAAGGGGGGGUAAAACUAGCAAACAUGAUGUCUGGCGAUAUAAAAACGAACCAAUUGAAGUGGUCAAAAGCUAUAAGUAUCUGGGAAUGAACUUGACGUCGCAACUUUCUUUGACAGAACAUUUUAAAGAGAAAUCCUCCUCGGGAAAGAUGGCACUAAAUAUGUUCAAUGGUUUGCUAGCAGAAAAAAAUAUACCCUUCAAAUCCAAAUUCAAGGUCUUUGAGGCAGUUUCGAGAUCGGUUGUAUGCUACGGAGCACAGAUUUGGGGGGGAAGAAUGAUUGAAGAGGUGGAAAAAGUGCAGCGUUUCUUCCUCAAGAAAGUGUUCAACCUACCUGUGUGGACUCCAAACUACUGUCUCUAUCUUGAGACCCAGGCGGUUCCACUGCUUGUCCAUACAUUGAAGCUUCAUAUCAAGUUCUUGCAGAGGAGUAUGAAGCUGCCUGCCCACAGAUAUCCUCGUGUUUUAUUGGAGAAGAUCAUUGAGAAGAAACUGUUCAUAUACAACGACUGGUUGAGUCUACAGGAUAUGUAUGGAGUUUCUGCAUCGGAUCUGAUCACAUGUCAUGUACCAUCAGUGCUGGCCAGAGUGGACGAUGAACUUCAGUCAGGAUUUAGGAGAAGACUGCAGGAAAGUAGGAGAUGUUCAUUGUACCCAGAAUUGGCACCCUUCACAGACUACGUCCAUGAGCUGACCGACUUCACUCUUAUUAAAUGGUUUAUGAAGGCAAGGACGGAGUUAGUCCAACUCAAUAAAUAUUCUCACAGCCAGGCGGUGAAGCUUUGCUCUCUGUGUAGCCUAAAAGAGGAAGAGGACAUAAUUCAUUUCGUCGCCAGGUGUCCGGUUCUGGCGGAGAUAAGACGUCAACACUUUGGAAGGAGUCUCUUGCUCGACGCCGAAUUGAAGACUCACCUUGACGGGGAAGAACUGGAGGAUUGUGGGAAGCUACUGUAGGGAUGCAUGGAAGUACAGAUACUUCAUGAUUCAGGAGUUCAAUUAUUGAACUGAUUCAAAAACUCUGAACUGAAUUGAAAUUCUGAUUACAUUAUGGUGCUCAAAUAAAGUAUUUAUCAACUCCCCCAGACGGCGAUAUGCCAUGGGGAAUGAGCCGACAUUUUGUCUGUACCUGUUUAUUUUAUGUAAUGAAUAUUUAUUAUUGUUGAUAUUUAUAAUGUUUA